AGGGGGCGGCAGUCCAGAGCCUCAUGAAGCCCAGGGGCUACUCAGCCUGCGUCCUUACGCCGCAAUCGGUGGAGGGUGGUGGUCGCAGGGACUUCAUGUUCCUGCAUUGGAAAGGGUGGAAAUGGAGUUGGUCUCUGCAUGCCUUCGUCUGUCUAGCGGUGUUUCUGCUCUUGAUCCAGGUGGUACCUGCUAUGGCUGAGGGAGACGGUCUCGUUUCAGUGGAUUAUGAAGUGUUUGGGAAAGUCCAAAACGUGUUUUUCCGCAAAUACACACAGGCUCAAGGAAAAAAGUUAGGUGUGGUUGGCUGGGUCCAGAAUACAGACUAUGGCACUGUGCAAGGACAGAUCCAAGGCCCUGCUCUCAAAGUGCGGCAGCUUCAAGAAUGGCUUCGGAAGACAGGAAGUCCCAAGUCCUGCAUUGAAAAAGCAGAUUUCCGCAAUGAAAAGAAAAUAACCCACUUAGAACAUAGUGACUUUUGCAUUGUGAAAUAAUAAGAGAAGAAUAUUAAGUAUAGGAGAAAAGAUGGAACCCCAUUCUACAAAAAACCCCGUGUCCUUUCAUUUUCUCUUGCUAUUAACUGUCACAUUCAGAGAUUCCUUUAGUUUAGGUGCUAUAUAUUUUCAUUACAUUGUUAUUGACUGUGCUGAUAUAAAGGCAAAUCUGCUGACCUAAUGAUGUAAUAUGUAUAUUAGUUAUUAAUAAAUACAUUGCUUAAAUAUACAUGGCCCCAACAUAUGUUCAAAAAUGAAUUUGAGACACUGGGAGUGAGUCACCUGGGAGGGCAUAAAAGGAUUGGGAUUUGUUCCCAAGCCAUCUACAUUAUGGUGUUUUUGUUGCAUACUAUUGUUUGUGUAUCCAUGUUUAUAUAUUAUUUUGUUUUUAGUUUUGUUAGCUGCUUCAGGUUCUAUGUGAGUGAAUAGUAUGACAUAUAAAUAAAU